AUGACGCAGAUUGCCCAUCUGUUCGUCCUGGUCGUUCUGAACAGCUUCACUGUGUUCGCCCUUGGCAUUCUCUUGAUUCGAACCAUCUGGGCCUUGGGAUCGAACACGACAACCAUCGAAUCAUGGGAAAUCGAACGGCACGAAACGCUGGUCCGGCGAGCACGCCAUUAUGGUGGGUACCUGCAGGGACCCGGUGGGAUCCGCGUGCGGAUCAAAAAGCAAGAGUUUCCGUACGACAUCGGAAUCUGGUCGAACAUAAAGGCUGGAAUGGGCGGUAGUGCAAAUGUCCGAUUCCCGUGCGUCUGGUGGUGCAAAGUUCUAACGUCGAGUCGCGAGACGGGGUGGGAUUUCGAGGUUAACGGGUUUGAGGGUGAGACUAUCAUCCCCAUCUCUCUUGGCCGCCGCCUGAUCCAGAUCGGAUCCCCCUGCCGCCGAGGAACGAGCCAGGAACUGCUGUUCUAG